UUCCCAUCUGCUCUUUCCAUCCAGUGCCGCAGCCGGAAAACCGCAGCGGCGGCGGCGGCCGAAGGGGAGCGACGCGUCCGGCCACGGGAGGGGUAGCGGAAAAUACGAGGACAAGCCCGAUAAGGCAGGAGCCGAGGGCCCGUGAUUUGCGGCCUCCUUCAGGUCGCUGCCUCGGCCGCGAGUUGCGCCGAGGAGGCGGGCGGGCGGGCGGCGACGGGAGCGCCGGAGCAGCGCCGGGCCGCGGGCGGCUCGCGCGCCGCAGCGAUUCUGACGUUUUCCGCGGCGGGUCCCGCAGCCGGAGGGGCGGCGGUGAGUGAGGCGGGGCGUGCGCGCUCCGCCAUGGCGGGGACACUGUCCGCGACGUGAUCGUCCAGGCUGCCCCCGCCCGAGCAUUCCGGGCCCUCGCAGCCGCCACCCUCCUGCGAGCCCGUGUGACUAAACGGAGACAAAGGGGAGGCGGCGGGGCAGACCGGGGCCGGAGCGAGCGCGGCCCGGUGCCGCCUCACGUCUAUGCCCGGGGCCGCGGCGGCGGGCUCGCGACGAGCACAGCUGAGCUUUUCCGUGCCCGGCACCCGGGAGGGCCGCGACCGGCACGGACGAUCUGAACUCCUCUCUCCGCCACACCAUGUGAAGGCCGUCGUCCUUCCAUCCCAACCAGCCGCCGUGAAAGAUGGGGGAUGCUGCAGACCCGCGGGAGAUGAGAAGGACGUUCAUUGUUCCAGCCAUCAAACCCUUUGACCACUAUGACUUCUCCAGGGCCAAAAUCGCCUGCAAUCUGGCCUGGCUGGUGGCCAAAGCCUUCGGGACAGAAAAUGUGCCAGAGGAACUUGGAGAACCAUUUUAUACAGAUCAGUAUGACCAGGAGCACAUCAAACCACCCGUCGUUAACCUGCUGCUGUCAGCUGAGCUGUACUGUCGUGCUGGGAGUCUCAUCCUCAAGAGCGAUGCUGCAAAGCCCCUCCUGGGCCAUGACGCCGUAAUCCAGGCACUGGCACAGAAAGGCCUGUAUGUCACUGACCAGGAAAAACUGGUAACUGAAAGAGAUCUCCACAAGAAACCCAUACAGAUGAGUGCACAUUUGGCCAUGAUUGAUACUCUAAUGAUGGCUUACACUGUAGAGAUGGUCAGCAUAGAAAAAGUAAUUGCAUGUGCUCAACAGUAUUCAGCCUUCUUUCAAGCCACAGAUCUGCCCUAUGAUAUUGAGGAUGCUGUCAUGUACUGGAUAAAUAAGGUAAAUGAACACUUGAAAGACAUACUGGAACAAGAACAGAAGUCUAAAGAGCACCACCCAGCUGAAGCUCCAGGAGGUCAAAAGUCUCCUUCCAAAUGGUUUUGGAAACUGGUUCCAGCUCGUUACAGGAAGGAACAAACACUGCUUAAGCAACUGCCUUGCAUUCCAUUGGUGGAAAACUUGUUGAAGGAUGGGACAGACGGCUGUGCACUAGCUGCCCUCAUUCACUUCUACUGCCCUGCUGUCGUCCGCCUAGAGGAUAUUUGUUUGAAAGAAACUAUGUCUUUGGCCGACAGUCUGUAUAAUCUCCAGCUGAUUCAGGAAUUUUGCCAAGAAUACUUAAACCAUUGCUGCCAUUUCAGCUUGGAGGACAUGCUUUAUGCUGCAUCAUCUAUAAAGAGUAAUUAUUUGGUGUUCAUGGCAGAACUCUUCUGGUGGUUCGAAGUUGUGAAGCCUUCAUUUGUGCAGCCUCGUGUUGUCCGUCCACAAGGAGCUGAGUCUGCAAAAGACGUGCCAUCGGUUCCUGUCUUAAAUGCUGCCAAAAGAAACGUCUUGGACAGCUCAUCUGGUUCUGACCUCACCUCCAGAUACACACGUCCCCAGCCUCAUUCUUCAGCCUCAGGAGGAAUUAGAAGGUCUUCAUCUAUGUCUUAUGUUGAUGGCUUCAUAGGAACAUGGCCUAAAGAGAAAAGAACAUCGGUACAUGGCGUUUCAUUUGACAUUUCUUUUGAUAAAGAAGACAAUGCACAGAGCUCCACUCCAAACCGGGGAAUCAUCCGCUCUGUUAGUAACGAAGGGCUCACUCUCAACCACAGCCGUGCGUCCAAACACAUUAGGAAAAAUCUGUCCUUCAAGCCAGUGAAUGGAGAAGAGGAGGAGAGCAUUGAAGAAGAGCUCCAUGGCGACCCUCACGGUGACCUCAAAUCUUACACGCCUCCCAACACAAAUGAACUCAACUCUAAUGAGAAUACUCACUACAAGCUUCCAAAUGGGGCUUUACAAAACAGAGUGCUUCUAGACGAGUUUGGGAAUCAGAUAGAAACACCAAGCAUUGAAGAAGCAUUGCAGAUAAUCCAUGACACUGAAAACCCUCCUCAUACGCCUCGGCCAGGUCAGAUCGCUAAUGGCUUCUUUCUUCACGGUCAAGAUCUGAGUAUCAUGAAUUCAAAUACCAAGCUAAACCAGUCCAGUCCUGAUAACAUAACUGACACGAAAGGUGCCUUGAGUCCCAUAACAGACACUACAGAAGUCGACACUGGAAUUCAUGUUCCUUCAGAAGACAUUCCAGAAACCAUGGACGAAGACUCUUCCUUGAAAGAUUAUACUGUUAGCUUAGACUCUGACAUGGAUGAUGCGUCUAAAUUUCUUCAGGACUAUGAUAUAAGAGCCAGCAACACCAGAGAGGCCCUGAGUCCUUGCCCAAGUACCAUCAGCACCAAGUCUCAGCCCGGGAGCAGUGCCUCCUCUAGCUCUGGGGUGAGAAUGACCAGCUUUGCGGAGCAGAAGUUCAGGAAGCUGAAUCAUACUGAUGGGAAAAGCAGUGGGAGCAGCUCGCAGAAAACGACACCCGAAGGCUCAGAACUGAACAUUCCUCACGUGGUUUCUUGGGCUCAAAUUCCAGAAGAAACAGGUGUCGCCCAAGGUCGGGACACCACCCAGCUUUUGGCUUCUGAAAUGGUGCACCUUAGGAUGAGACUAGAGGAAAAGAGACGUGCAAUAGAAGCCCAGAAAAAGAAGAUGGAAGCUGCUUUUACCAAACAGAGGCAGAAAAUGGGAAGGACGGCGUUCCUCACCGUGGUGAAGAAGAAAGGCGAUGGGAUCUCCCCUCUUCGUGAGGAGGCCGCAGGUGCCGAAGACGAGAAAGUAUACACUGACAGAGCCAAGGAGAAGGACUCCCAGAAAAUGGACGGACAGAGGAGCAAGUCUUUAGCAGACAUAAAAGAAAGCAUGGAGAACCCUCCAGGCAGAUGGCUGAAGUCCCCAACCACGCCUGUUGAUCCUGAGAAGCAGUGGAACCUGACAAGCCCUUCAGAAGAAAAUUUAAAUGAAGGAGAAAUUUUAGAGUAUACAAAGUCCAUUGAAAAGCUAAAUUCAUCCCUGCACUUUCUACAACAAGAAAUGCAGCGCUUGUCCCUUCAGCAGGAGAUGUUAAUGCAGAUGAGAGAGCAGCAGUCUUGGGUCAUUUCACCACCACAGCCCUCUCCACAGAAGCAGAUCCGUGACUUCAAACCUAGACAGGCAGGCCUGUCGUCAGCUGCUACACCGUUCUCUUCAGACUCCCCACGCCCCACUCAUCCAUCGCCACAGUCUUCUGGCAGGAAGAGCGCGUCUUUUUCUGUUAAAAAUCAAAGGACUCCAAGGCCAAAUGAAUUAAAAAUAACUCCUUUGAACCGAACCUUGACACCUCCUCGGUCUGUAGAUAGUCUCCCUCGGUUAAGGAGGUUUUCCCCGAGUCAGGUUCCCAUUCAGACACGGUCAUUCGUAUGUUUUGGUGAUGAUGGAGAGCCCCAAAAAGAGCCCAAACCGAAAGAGGAGAUUAAAAAGGAGCCCUCAGAGUGCAAAGAGACUUUGGGACCUUGCGACCAUAAUCCUGGGGAGAAGGAGAUUAAACCUGUUGAAUCAACAGUGUCUGAGGUGUUGUCACAGCCUAUCACAGAGACUGUGUGUGUGACACCUAAUGAGGACCAACUGAGUCAGCCCACAGAGCCACCUCCUAAACCCGUUUUCCCACCUACUGCUCCUAAAAAUGUCAAUCUGAUUGAAGUUUCUCUGUCUGAUUUAAAACCCCCUGAAAAGGCUGAUGUAUCUGUUGAGAAGUUGGAUGGAGAGAGUGAUAAGGAGCAGUUUGACGAUGACCAGAAAGUGUGCUGUGGCUUCUUCUUUAAGGAUGAUCAAAAGGCAGAGAAUGAUAUGGCCAUGAAACGAGCAGCUUUGCUGGAGAAACGGUUGAGAAGAGAGAAAGAGACGCAGCUUCGGAAGCAGCAACUGGAAGCAGAAAUGGAGCAUAAGAAAGAGGAGACGAGACGAAAAACUGAAGAAGAACGUCAGAAGAAAGAAGAUGAGCGAGCACGGAGAGAGUUUAUUAGGCAGGAAUACAUGAGACGAAAACAGCUGAAGCUAAUGGAAGACAUGGAUACAGUAAUCAAGCCUCGACCUCAGGUGGCCAAACAGAAAAAACAGCGGCCAAAAUCUAUUCACAGAGAUCAUAUAGAAUCUCCCAAAACACCAAUCAAAGGCCCUCCAGUCUCUAGCCUCUCUUUGGCAUCGCUGAACACAGGUGAUAACGAGAGUGUUCAUUCAGGCAAGAGGACGCCAAGGUCAGAGUCUGUAGAAGGCUUCUUAUCUCCAAGUCGUUGUGGCAGUCGGAAUGGCGAGAAAGACUGGGAAAAUGCAUCCACAACUUCUUCAGUGGCUUCUGGAACAGAAUACACAGGACCAAAGCUUUACAAGGAACCUAGUGCAAAAUCCAAUAAACACAUAAUACAGAAUGCUUUAGCUCAUUGCUGUUUGGCUGGAAAAGUAAAUGAAGGUCAGAAGAAAAAAAUACUAGAGGAAAUGGAGAAGUCAGAUGCCAACAACUUCUUAAUCUUGUUCCGGGAUUCAGGCUGCCAGUUCAGGUCUUUGUAUACUUACUGCCCAGAAACUGAAGAAAUCAAUAAACUGACUGGGAUAGGUCCUAAAUCUAUCACUAAAAAGAUGAUUGAGGGACUUUACAAGUACAAUUCUGACAGAAAACAGUUUAGCCACAUACCUGCUAAAACUUUAUCUGCUAGUGUGGAUGCAAUUACCAUUCAUAGCCACUUAUGGCAGACCAAAAGACCAGUAACACCCAAAAAACUCUUACCUACUAAAACAUAGGAGGCAGGAGUGCUUGCUUCAGAACCUUUGUGGUAAAUUUGUACUUCGUCUUUCCUGCCUAUAGAAAAUCUUUCUAAUUGCCAACAAGAUUUUUAUCAAUUAAAACUGGACCUUAACUCUGUUGUUGUGAACAACUGGAAUGUAAUCACAGUAUUUGGAGUGCAGAAGAUUCUUACUAGGGGAUAAGUCCACGUGAUGAAGGAAAUGUUUUGAUUCACAAACGGAGGUUUGUAUGUUACCAGGUUCGCCUGCCUGUGUUAGAGAACUUGAAGCACUGAAUUCUCAUGGACACAGUGGGACAUAAGCUUGAGGUGUGGCUAGAUGACAAUUAUGUGGUUUUUUUUUAACCCUGUACUAUGUGUGCACAUCUUCAAAUGGUUUUGUUGUUGUUGUCUCCUGUUCUCUCUCCUGGGGGUUAUUCUAAGCUGCCUUUGUGUUUGUUUUUUGUGGAGAUCAUGAAAGUAGAAAGUUCCCAGUGAGAAGUAACUUGCACCUUUCAUAUGAUGUUAAGAGAAACACUAGUGUUAGUUUUACAGUAGCCCUCAUGUUCUGAUGGUGUUACAGCGUUUGCAAAAAUCCUUCUAAGUAUUUACAUUCUGUAUUUAUUAUUCACACAAGUAUUAACAUUUCUGUAUUAGUAAGGAGCUGUUAUAAAAGCUGCUACUGGGUUCCCUGCAGACCACACAAGCUAACCCAGAGUAUCCUGUAAGAAGCUGCUGAUUAAAUCAGUACCGUUUCUACACCACUUAUGGCCAACUCAGAAUAAAUUAGAUUGUACUUUUAACAACGACAAUAACAAACCCCUUUCUAUUUCUUUUAAAGUACGUCGCUUUACAAGCUGGCAGAAGUGAGUGACACAUGAGUGCUGCCUUUCAGUAUGGAGAUGUACGGCUUCCUGGGCAGCUCCGGAGGCCUUUAUAUUUAUAACUGAUAGAGAAAUUAUAUUUAGAAUUUUUAAACAUGCACAAAGGGCUACAUUUUGAUUUGAAAGUAGCUUCAUGUUAUCUUACUUAUACUGGGUUUUCUUUCUUUUUAAUCCUUUUCCAGUGGAACAGCUUAGAUUAAGGACACACUUGAAAUCUCCUCUACACGAUCUUUCUUCUUUAGCAAGCAUACCAGAGGGUUAGUUGGGGGAAAACUUCAUUCUCAGGAAAAGACUUGAAUGAUUGAUUGUGUGACCUUUAUGUUUCAGUGUUGUGACAGCGUGUACACUAGUGGGGAAGACAUUGUCUCUAAGUGAGAGUAGUUUGUUUUCUUUCAUGAGAUAGAGAUGAAAUGUGUACAUUUCUCUAAUUAAGUUGUUUAGAGCGGGAACUCAUGUCUCAUGUGAUGUAUUUACUUAUUUAAUAAGAAGAAUGGAACAGGAAGUCCCCGAGCUGUACUUUUCUAUUACAAAGCCUUUAGGUAUCAGUGCAUCUGGGUUUUCAACAUUUUCUCAAAUGCUGUCAAUAUUUUACUGUAAUUUAUGUUCUUAUAUUUAUGUAUAUUUGUUAAAACUGUAAAAAAAUUUUCACAGAUUUUUUUCCAAUACCUGUGCAAAAUGUAUGUGUAGCUCAAAACUAUUUGUGAUCUACUGCUUGCAUGUGAGAGACCAGGAUAUGUAACUCUUAUAUUUUAAAUGUAUACAUACUGUGUAUAUAUAAAUAUUAAAAAUGGGGAAUUUCACAUUUUACCUUUCAGACACCAGUUUUUAUCACAAUUAGAAGGAAAUGGGCAAAGAAAGACAACCUUAGGAUAAGACUAGUUUAAAAGUUAUAAACAAACUUAAUCAAAACAAAGUGAACUAUAGACAAAGAAAUUUAAUAAGCAUUUUCUAUUACUAACCAAGGUCUUUUCCCUAUCAAAGUGGUCUCCUUGCUGCCACCUGAGUAUUGAAUAAAGAAAAGUCAAAUGCAGGACAUUGAAAGAACUAAUGAACACUGACCUCGCCUGUCUUCGUUCUUACAUCUGUAUAUCCAGCAACUGAGCGGAAUGUCUAGUGUCCAAAGGUGUGAUGUGAAUAUUGCCACAAAAUUCAUUGCUCUCAGUGUAAGAUUUUACUUUAUUAAUGCAAAAGGAAUACAGAUAUAUUUCUUUAGUCUGCAGAUUUUUUUUAUUAUGGUGCAGCUUUUUAAAUUAUGUUUUAGAAUUAUACAAAUGAAGAUAUGCCAUUCCAUAAAGUUUGGAUAUUCCCAUCAACCUUACUGAAACACAAGCAUUGUCAUCGUUGGAGGUCAGAUUACCAUGGUAACUACUCAGUUAAAUUUGCCAAAUCCUUGUCAUGGUAACCAGUGUGGCCUGUCAACUCCAGCUACUUACCACUUCUAAACAACUUCUAAAGUUUUCCUCUCAGCUUCUCAGUUUUGUUUUAGGAGGACUAUUGUUUUUAUUUGGCUGCUUAAAGCCAGAGUCCCCUUCUUUGAUGUGACUCAUGGACACUGUUGGGCAAUGUGCAGUGUGUGGCUUGCUCCUGUCCACUCCUGAGCGCUGCAGAGGACCCGUGCGUGCUCUCAGGCUUGCUUGUUCCUGGUACAGUGUAGUUCCCCUUUCAUUUGAAUAAAAGCAUGGCACCAACUGACACUGGUUCUUCAAUAAAGUGAGUGUUGUCUUGU